UGAUGAUUUUGUUGUUUUAGGCCAUGGAAGAGCUGGUGGACUGUGGACUGGUUAAAGCCAUUGGUGUCUCCAACUUCAACCAUGAGCAGAUUGAAAGAAUCUUGAACAAGCCAGGACUGAAGCACAAACCUGCAAAUGUCCAGAUUGAAUCUCACCCAUACCUCACCCAGGAGAAGCUGAUCAAGUACUGUCAGUCCAAAGGGCUGGCUGUGACUGCAUACUGCCCCCUUGGCUCUCCUGAUAGACCAUGGGCUAAGCCCGGGGAUCCUUCCCUUCUGGAUAACCCCAAGAUCAAAGAGAUUGCAGCCAAGCACAACAAAACCCCAGCACAGGUGGGCACUCCUUCCCAGUGCAGGAAAACAGAGCUCCAAAACAGGACACACCUUUAACUCUUUGGCCAUCAAAGAGAUUCUAGACCAC